UCUCUCCAUAGAGAUCACCAUCAUCACCAUCCCUCCCCCUCUUAGUAUCUUAGUCAAACCUCGUCUGGUUUGGUGCUCAUCAGAACUGAAAAGCAAAACUAAAAGAAAGAAAAGCUGGAAACCUGAAGCAACAGAAGUUUUUUUUUUUUUUUCCAGCACUGACUUGUUGAAAAUGCUUCCUUGGCUUGCCUUGCUGAUGUCUCACUUAUUCUUGAAUGGAGCUGCAGCAGACAGCACAACCCUGGAGAGGAUUGAGGAUUGUCACACAAGCUGUUCUCAGGGACUGAACUGCAAGACCAAGCCAGAUUACUGGUUCCACCCUGCAUGUCAGGAUCCUGUGGAAGGCUUCAACAACACUUCUGUGUUCCAUAACAUCAGCCUCUCAACAGUUAUGAAGUGUGAGCGGAAACAGAAGUGUGCGCUACACCUCCGAAUCAAGACAUCUCUACAACUUGCUGAGCCCAUCCAUGGCGUGUCUUUUUGCACCAGCACUGCAGGGAUGAUAACAAAUUGUCGAAACUUACACUUCACCAAAGCAUCAAGAAGUAAAAUGUCAGGAAAGCUGGUGACCGUGGAGAAUGACUGCACAGAAGUUGCUCCAAACCAGCGAAUGCAAAUAACCGUGAGAACAAUUCCAAGCUACUGUGGCAUAACCAUGGCUGGCACUUAUAAUACUCCAGGAUGCAUUAAUGAAGAUCUGAGAGAAAAUGUCCCUGAAUGCAUCACUGGCAGGCUGUCGUAUGAUAUAAACCCAGAGAAGAAGGAGCUGAAGAUCAAUGUCUCGGACAUGCUUGAAGACCACGACUACCACCUCCGUCUGUGCCAUAAGAAUUUCAUUUGCACCGGCACAGGGGCCAGUACACUGAUAAAGAAGGAGCAGCCCAUAAAGAGUGCCGUCCUUUCAUAUUUACAACCUUUGCCCUGCCUCUGUAUCGAGGGUUGGUCAGCUGUGAUGGAUGCGCCCAGAGUCCAAGUCUGCCCAUUCAAAGACCGUCUUGAGGAGCUGUGGUCUGGAAUAAGUUUUGACCCAGUGAAAGAGACAUUAUUAUGGACUCCUGCUUGUUCAGUAACAGCGGUGGCUGGGUUAUGUGACAAAAGAGAGGAUGACGUCUGUGUGGAUCUACCUCAUUCCUCGCAGAAUGUUAGCAGGGAAAAGAUAACAUUUGCCAAAGUGGAUCCACACCCCCAACUGUGUAUAAGGUUUACAUCAGGAUCUCAGUCCUGGACCCGGUGCCCAUUUGCUGAUGGGAUCAAAGUGUGGGGUGUGGAUGUGACAACACGAAAGGGGCAUGAAGUGCAGAUUUUCUCACAGAUCACGGCAAAGUUUUCUGUGGGGUGGUGUAUGACAUCUGAAGGGUCACCAGCGUGUAAGACCAGUGAAACACGCACUGUUCAUGUGGAGAAACUCAAAGCUGUUGAUUUAAUGCUGGCUGGAGAAUCAUGCAACUCUUGUCUCCAGGUGAAGAGGCUUGACGUGAAAUAUGCUGCUACAGUUGUUCACUGUUUUAAGCAGUGUUCUCAGACCACUUGGGACCUGACCUGGGUUGUUCUACCAGCUGCUGUUUGCCUCUCUGGCAUCAUAAUUGUCACUCUGGUGGUCCACAUAAUGUUGAAUGUGUAUCAAAGGCGGAAACAAAAAAAUGAAGUCUCUGUAAAACAGAAAGAUUCUGCUCUGGACUCUGUGGUCUCUGCAUUGCACACUCAGCCCGUUUUCGUGCAUGAUUUACAGCAGUGUGGAAGCAACGAGAAGGCCAACUUAAUCUCCUAAUGACCAAAGAGGGGUGCUCUGUCUUGUAGCAUCACUUGUAUUGUGAUGUAAAGAUGUUACGAAAACAAAGUUCUCUGUUGAAUAUAUUUGUGUUAUUCUUACAGAUGUUACGAAUUGUAUGUGUCUCCCUGUAUAUGCUGGCUUGUAGGCUUAUUAUAGUCAAAACUGGGUAAAAGUUAGUGAAAUGUUUUUGUUUUGUGUUAAGAUAUUUAAUCAUCCUGCAGCUACCACUUACAUCAUUAUGUAAAAAUCUAUUUUCAAUAAAAAAAGUAAACAACC